ACGACUUCCAAAGUCUUCUCUCCAAAUUCUUCUCUUCAAAUUCUUCAAUGAUCCGUAAACUCAAAUUCAUGGUCAUCAGUAAGCUUCAAACUUUCCACUCUUGCUCUCCAAAUUUCUGUAGUUCUUUCAAAUGUCUACCCCUUUAGAGUAUUAUCAUUCACUCCCACCUGUGAGUAAACUGUAUGGAGUGAGCUGUUUGAUGACCACUGCUGCUUAUUAUCUUCAGCUUUAUCAUCUUGAAAGCAUAGCUCUGGACUACAGUCUAGUAAUUAAAAAGUUUCAGCUUUGGAGGCUCAUUACCAACUUCUUCUUCCUCGGCCCAUUUUCGUUUCCGUUUGCUUUUCGUCUCAUAAUCAUAGCAAAAUAUGGUGUAUCAUUGGAGAGAGGACCCUUUGAUAAAAGAACUGCGGAUUAUGUGUGGAUGUUGUUAUUUGGAGCUCUUUCACUUCUGGUGAUGGCUGUCGUUCCUUACUUUUGGACUCCAUUCAUGGGAAGGUCCUUGGUUUUCAUGAUUGUCUACAUCUGGGGCCGUGAGUUCCCGAAUGCACGUAUCAAUAUCUAUGGUGUUGUUUCGUUGAAGGGAUUCUAUCUUCCUUGGGCAAUGCUGGCCCUAGAUCUAAUCUUUGGCCACCGCUUGAUGCCAGACAUUUUGGGAAUGGUCGCCGGGCAUCUUUAUUACUUUUUGACUGUUCUACAUCCUCUUGCUGGUGGGAAAUUCAUCCUCAAGACCCCUUUCUGGAUUCACAAGCUAGUAGCAUACUGGGGUGAAGGAAUUCAAUUUAACUCUCCAGUACAACGUGACCCUUCUGCUGGUACUGCUUUUCGUGGAAGAAGCUACCGCCUCAAUGCUACUCGAACGAGCACUCGGGAAGGAACACAAACACAAAGACGCUCUUCUCCCUCUCCACCACCAGCACCACCACAGCAACGCAAUAAUCAGGAUGAAGGAGUUGCUUUUCGUGGCAGAAGUUAUCGUCUCAGUAGCUAAGUCUUUAUAGUUUGUGUUACUUGUAUGAUCAUAUUAUUAAUAACUGCUAGCCUUCCAAUGCUAAUUGUCAAGUGAACCACAAGAUGGUUCCAUCAAAAUUUCUGUAAGAAACUUCCAAAUAUGAAAAGACAGAGAUUGUUUUAAAUGACAAGAAUGAUAAAAAUAUUUACGACAGCAAAA